AUGCCGUCGGAUCAAAGGGAAGAGUUCUCCCGGUACAUUUCCGAGAUUGGCCGCGUGCAACGUCAGCAGGUUGCCGAUCGGAUAGAGGUAUUAGCUCGACACCAAAGCCGUGCCUGGCAUUAUUUUAUCGGAUGUGUGACCUUUUCCACAGCAAGUGUGAUGCUUGUAUUUAAAUUAUGGGGCCCCCGUCACAUCUUCAAAAACAGUAUAUACUACGCCAGGCCAUUGCCGCCGGCCAUAAGCAUGGGUGUCGUACUUUACGGUGUGGUAUAUACCUGUCGCGGUAUGCUUAUGAGAAAUCGCAUUUGUAUUAUGAUGGAGGAUUACGAGUAUGAACUGAAGCGCAUCAACGCACAUCACUGUGAAGAAGGUGUUACACAGCUUGCAUGGUUGCAAUUUGUAACGGACCAAUUGAAACAAGGUGCGGAAUAUCGCUUUGAUUUCAAGAAACUUAGGCAAAUGUAA